AUGUCUUCUACUUCUCCUCACACUCCUCUCUUGAAGCUCGGCUUGAUCGCUCUGGCGACCUCUGUGUCCGCUGGUGCCCCACAUUCACGACCAUGCGCCGGACCUACCAACGCAGGUUUUGAGUCAGGAACCCUCGAAGGUUGGGAGGUUGUCAGCGGAGAUGCUUUUGGGAGCAAAUCUGUUGUCAAUGUCCAGACCUACUGGGACGGCCCUUUCCACCAAGACGAGGACUUCUUCGUCCUGGGCACUGCACAGGCCGGAGAGACUGCCGUCGGGGAGCUCAAGUCCGGCUCUUUCAGGGCCGGCUCCGUCAUGAGCUUCCUCGUUAGUGGCGGGUAUGACCCCGAUCAUCUUUACGUGGGUCUCGUCAGGGAGAGCGAUGGGAAGAUUCUCCUGAAGCAGACCGGAAUCAACGAUGAGGCAUUCCUCCGCAUUACCUGGGACACGAGCGACUGGCGGGGCGAAUCGGUUCACAUUGUCAUCCAUGACAGCAACACCAACGAAAGCUGGGGCCAUAUCAACUUUGACGACCUCCGUGUCGGUGCCCGCGCAAAGAGUGACGGCCCGGGGUUGACAUUCAAUGUCCUGGGCCAACAAGUCAAUCAGCAGUCAGCUGGCGAAGAACCGGCUUGCACGCUCUUUGAAAAAGACCAGCUUCGCCCUCAGUAUCACUACACUCAGUAUACGGGAUGGAUCAAUGACCCAGCUGGCCUCAUUGAGUGGAACGGAAAGCACCACCUGUUCAGCCAGUACAACCCGGAUGGCGUCGUAUGGGGUCCAAUGCACUGGGCGCACGCAGUGAGCACCGAUGCCGUCCAUUGGCGUGAGCUGCCUGUCGCCCUCUACCCAUCAGAGACGGAGAACGAGAAUGAUGAAUCCGGCGCGUUUACCGGCAGCGCAUUCAGUGACAGCAAGGGAAUGCACCUCAUCUACACCAACUUCACGGACACCAACGCUCAUCCUGAUGCCGUGCAAGAGACUGUCAUCAUGGCCAGCAGCACACAUGGAAUCAAUUUUGACCUCUACGGCGGUAACCCUGUUGUUGCCGGUCCACCAAAGGGAGCCCCUGCCUUCUUCCGUGAUCCCAAGACCUUUCACGACCCGACAGACGACACCUUGAAAAUGGUCAUUGGCGCGACAAACAAUGUGGACGGACAAGUGCGGCUGUAUCGUGCUUCCGAUACCUUCUCCUGGUCCGAAGUCGGCCUCGUGUACGAAGGGACGGAUGGCAGCACGGGCGCGAUAUGGGAGUGCCCGAAUCUCCUACCGCUUGGUGACAAGUGGGUUCUCUUCUAUGGCGGGCUUUCCCUUGGGUGGUACGAGGUCGGUUCCUUUGACGGGACGACGUUUACCAGCGAGAAGCGCGGUCUUCUGAACGCCGGCCCCGCGAGCUACGCGAUGCAGUGGUACAAGGACGAAUCCGGUCGCGACCUGGCCAUCACCUGGAUGGGCAACUGGCCGACACCCAAGUGGCCCAGCCGCCCCAACGGCUGGGCUGGGCAGCAGUCCAUUACGCGCGAGCUGUUCUUGCGCGAGGACGGCGGGCUUGGCCACCGCCCCAUUGCCGAGCUGGACAGCCUGGCGAUCGGAAAGACAGAGGACCUUGGGCGCAGGAAGAUCAAGGCCAAGACACACCGCCUUGGAAGCGAGAACGUGGCGAGGCUGAAGCUGACUGUGGACCUUGGCGCAACAACGGCGUCGUCCUUCACGCUGUCAUUGCUCGAGUCCAAGGCCGAGGCUACACUUCUCACCUACAACAUCGAGAACAAGACGCUGACCCUGGACACGACCAAUGCUGGUUACGGUCAACCUGGCAUGUGGGAAGCUGAAAUUGCUCCCGAGGCGGACAACAAGCUCACGUUGGAUAUCUUUCUCGAUCGAUCCAUGCUGGAGAUCUUUGCUGGGGAUGGGACUGUCUUCUCCGCCACUGUAUUCCCCCGCUACCAAGAAUCGACCGGCAUCAGCAUCGCCGCCGAAGACGGAGAGGUCAUUUUGAAAGAUACGUCGCUCACUCCUUUGGGUUCUAGCUGGUGCUAG